AUGUACAGUAUGAACUACAUCUAUGAUGAAAUUUUCAAUCUUGAUUUACAUGCUCAACAAAUUCUUUCCAGUCAAAGUAAAACUCAUUAUGAAAAUCUUGUUGACGAUGAUACUGUAUUAGCUGCUGCUGCUAUAUGGAAACAUUUUUUAUCAUUUUCAACUAACUCUACUUGUGAACGUCUUGUUACAUUUGUGACAUAUAUAAGAAAAAAUAUGCCAAUUACGAAUAAACAAUCACCAUCUAAUAUAAAAGUUCCAUUUUCAAAUUCAAAUUUAACUUCAAAACGAACAACAGCUAAUAAAAAUGGUGAUCAUUUUCAACAAUUAUGGAUUACUUAUUCAAUAUUAAAAUUUAUAUCUAUUUGUUUGUUUUAUUUCGCUUUAGACAAUUGA